AUGAUUACUAAGCUUAUAACAUUUAUUUUCUUUUAUUCCAGACUUGCAGCUGCGAACAACCUGUACCCUAAGUACCAUCUGUCACCUGAUAGGGGAUGGAUGAACGAUCCUAACGGAUUCUGCUUUUUUAAUGGUGUCUACCAUCUCUUCUAUCAACACAACCCAUACAGUAGCUAUGGACCUGGAAUCGUUCACUGGGGCCAUGCUGUUAGUACCGACUUUUUUCACUGGAAACAUCUUCCCGUUGCACUAAAUCCUGACCAAUGGUAUGAUGACGGUGGCGUGUUUUCUGGAAGUUGUCUAGUUGACGCUGGAAAAAUGUAUUUAUAUUACACAGGAAACGUAUAUCACGAAGGUGAAACUCCAGAUCAUAGUCAAUAUCAAGCAUUGGCAACUAGCGACGAUGGGUACAAUAUCGUGAAGUAUGAAAUGAAUCCUAUCAUAAAUGGAAGUGGAUUUCAACCAGACCUAAGAGACCCUAAAAUAUGGAAACAUGGCGAUAAGUACUACAUGGUUCUAGGAAAUUCAUUUAAAGGCGAGUCAAAUGAAACUCUAGGUCGUAUUUUACUGUGGGAAUCUUCUGACAAAAUUAACUGGGAAAAAGCAUCUAUACUACUAGAAUCAGAUGGUAGACUGGGAUAUAUGUUUGAAUGUCCCGACUUUUUCGAGUUGGACGGCCACUGGGUAUUACUAUUUUCGCCACAAGGGGUCAAACCCGAAGGAGAUAAAUAUAAAAAUUUAUUCCAAACCGGACACAUAAUUGGUGACUUCAGUUAUGACACUAAAACCUUUACUCCAUUGUAUGACUUUCAGGAACUAGAUCAUGGUCAUGACUUCUACGCAACUCAAACUACGCUAGAUGAAGAUGGUAGCAGAGUUGUUAUAGCUUGGAUGGAUAUGUGGGAUCAAAAUUACCCUGAAAUGGAUCAAGGUUUCGCAGGGCAAAUGACCUUAGCUAGAAAACUAAAGCUGGGAAAAAAUGGUAUUUUACUACAGAAACCGGUUAAAGACAUAGAUGCUGCGAGAGGACGUGUCCUCCAUUCGGGUGUAACCAGGGGUGGCAAAGUAAUAAAAUUGGUAAACAAUACGGCCGAAAUAUUGAUAAGAUCUUCGCCACUGCUGAAUUUGGACGUGUUCAUUGAAUCAGAAGGAAAUCAAGUGCAAAUUAGUUAUGAUCAUCAAAAAGGUACUAUUACUCUCGAUCGUGGAGGAAAAGACGCAGUGCGCCGUACAAAUUGGAGACCUUUAGGCAAAUUGACCUGGAGAUUGUAUAUCGAUUCGAGUUCCAUAGAACUAUUUUGUGGUAACGGUGAAGUUACGUUCUCUAGUAGAUUCUUCCCAACAGGUCCGGUUAGCAUCCGUUUAGGAAGGCAGAGCAUGAUAGAUAAUAUGACAGUCAGGAGUAUGAAACAGACUGUAGACAUUAGUUAUCCUCAGCCCACAGCAGCUGAAACCACAUCGCAAUCAUCUUAA